AUGGGGGCCGAGGCGAACUCCCUCCACGGCACGCAGAGUCCAUUCAACUCUCUACUGGACUCCCGCAGCACCUUGCGGUACUUGAAGUCCCUGGCAGCGCCAAAGCCACUCACGAGAGCCUUCCGGCAGUUGUCAGCACACAGGGUGGAUUUGAACAGUUUCCACUACAAUGCGGUGAUCAACUCCUGGGUCAAGGGCCGACGAUGGUCGGAGGCGCUGGCCUCGCUGCGCGCCAUGGGACUAGCGCAGGUGGAAGCCGACCUGGCAAGUUACAAUACUUUGGCCUCCCCAUGUGGUGAAUGGCGUCUCUCGCUGUCCAUACGCCAGUGCUCCCUGCGGCACUCCUUCACCUGCAAUUUAAUCGGCUGCAUUGCAUCCGUGAGUAGUUGCGCGGAGGUGGGGCACUGGCAACGAGCCCAAGGACUUCUCUUGAGUUUACUGAAGACAGAUCUCCAAGCAGAUGAACGACCCGGAAGCGCCUUGAUCAAUGCCUGUGAGAAGUGCUCAAACUGGACAGGAGCCUUGAGCUUCUUGGAGUGGAUGCCGUGGAGCCUGGUCACUCCCAAUCGGAUCACCUUCAACGCUGCCUCCAGCGCCUCGGGAGGGACAUGGUGGAGGAGCUUCACCCUCUUGGCGGCCACUGAAGAGCCCAAUCGAAUCAGCUACAAUAGCAUGCUGAGUGCUUUGGAGAAGGGCGCUGAGUGGUCGAAGGCUUUGAGUUGGCUAGCUCAGCUGCAGCUUCAUCGCGUGGGCGCAGAUGAAAUUAGCUACAAUGCCUCCCUGAGCGCCUGUGGGCAGGCGGGGCGCUGGGAGUAUGCCGCAAAUCUACUGCAAGUACUUGAAGGACAUGGUCAGCCAGAUGAAAUCAGCUUCGCUGCGGCGGUGAGUGCUUGCGAUCAAAAAGGUCGAUGGCGGCCAGUGCUUGACUUGCUUCAAACGAUGAGCGCCUCCUUGCUGGUUCCCAACCAGAUUUGCCUGAACUCGGUCAUCAGCAGUUUCGAGAGUGGACACCAGUGGCGUUGGGCUCUCGAAGGGCUAAUGGAGAUGAUUUGGAGAGAUCAUCCACGGGACGAGCAAAGCUAUGCCAGCAGUAUCAGUGCUUGCGCAAAGUGCAGCCAACCUUGGUGGAGCCUUCGAUUGUUGAGGUGGAUGGAGUCUGAGGGACUUCCAUCCAACGAGCUCUCCCGGGCGCUGUGCAUUGAGUCUUGUCUUUGGGGCGGCCAUCCAUUUGCACUCAAGGAGUCGGCGCACGAAGUCGAGCAAUUGUCCUUCACAGCCGUUUGCCUAUGGCCAGACCGGUGCAGGAAAGACGCACACCAUGUACGGCAGCGAUGUCACUUGGCCCGUUCAAAACUUCGGAAGGGAGGCUGGCGAAACCAACCCAAAGCCAUGCCGGGCUUGGUGCCACGUGCAGCGGAGGAGAGUUCCCUGGAGUUGUUUCUGGAUGUGGUUUUGGGAGACUUGCUGCAGGGGAAGGUUCCACCUACCUUGGACAUCAAGAAAGAUCCUCGGGGUACUGUGAAGGUGGACAAUGCCGUUGAGAUCGAGGUCGCCAGUCCUGAGGAUCUGCAGAAGACCAUCCAAAUGGGCAUGGACCGACGUCAUGUGGCGGCCACGAAGAUGAAUGCUGACUCUUCAAGGUCGCACUUGAUUUUCAUAGUGACCAUUGAGUGCACCAACAGGAAGUCCAAGCAGGUCUCUUCUGGAAAGCUGACUCUUUGUGAUCUGGCAGGCUCCGAGCGCUUGAAGAAGAGCGAAGUGACAGGGGAACAGAUGAAGGAGGCGCAAUCCAUCAAUAAAUCCCUCACAGCUCUUGGGGAUGUCAUCGAGGCUUUGACGAAAGGGCAAAAGCACGUGCCCUACAGGAAUCAUCGGCUCACGCAACUGCUCAGUGACUCCUUGGGUGGCAAUGCAAAGACCCUGAUGUUUGUGAACUGCUCCCCCGCCUCCGGCAAUCUGGAUGAGACCUCUGCUGCGUUGGCCUACGCAGUGCGAGCCAAGAACAUCGUCAACAAGGUGGAGAAGAACUCGGACAGCCAGGAAGUGUCCCGCCUCAAGAAGGUAGUCCAGAUGUUGAGCACCGAGCUGGAACAAGCGCGGAAGAGUGGCGCCGCGUUGCCAGAGCUUGGACAGGAGGACCCUGAGGGGAUGGCGGCUGCCGAGGAGAAGGAGCAGAAGGAGGAGAAGUAG